UGGAUGUUCGUCUGCAUCCGGCUGCUUCAUUGAGAUGCUGUGCGCUGCCCGGGAGAGCCGGCCUGGGUGCAGCUGAGCUGCGGCCGCCUAGCCCAGCGCCCAGCUCUCUGCCACCCCCACCCCUCCUGCAGGGCUCCUCACACCCUCCCCACCUCAGGGUUCCUUGCUGCAUUCCCCGAGCAGCUGGCGGGCCGGCGUGCGGGAGCCUGCUGCCAGGCUGAGCGGGCAGUGUCUGCUGCCGGCCACAGCCGCUAAAGAUGUGCCUCAUCCAGUCUGCCCCACGCUGAGUCUGAAGCCCACCCAAUCCCGGCACCCGCCAUGUCUCAGAUGCUGCACAUCGAGAUCCCCAACUUCGGGAACACAGUGCUUGGCUGUCUGAAUGAGCAGCGCCUGCUGGGCCUCUACUGUGAUGUGUCCAUUGUGGUCAAGGGCCAGGCCUUCAAGGCCCACCGUGCCGUCCUGGCCGCCAGCAGCCUCUAUUUCCGAGACCUCUUCAGUGGUAAUAGCAAGAGUGCUUUCGAGCUGCCAGGCACUGUGCCGCCUGCUUGCUUCCAGCAGAUUCUGUCCUUCUGCUAUACGGGCAAGCUCACCAUGGCGGCCAGUGAGCAGCUUGUGGUCAUGUACACAGCAGGCUUCCUGCAGAUCCAGCACAUCGUAGAGCGGGGCACAGACCUCAUGUUCAAGGUGAGCUCACCCCACUGUGACUCGCAGACCGCCAUGAUUGAGGAUGCCAGCUCAGAGCCCCAGAGUCCCUGCAACCAGCUGCAACCGGCCACUGCUGCCUAUGUCGCAUCCCCUUCCGUGCCCAUCCCACUUCUGACCCGUGUAAAGCAUGAAGCCAUGGAGAUGCCGCCUGCCACUGGCCCGGGCCUGGCUUCUAAGCGCCCACUGGAGACGGGCCCUCGAGAUGGUGUGGCAGUAGCUACAGGUGCUGCAGGGACGCCUGGCACAGCCCCUCUAAAGCUGCCUCGAGUCUCCUACUAUGGUGUGCCAAGCCUGGCCACUCUCAUCCCCAACAUCCAGCAGGUACCCUAUCCCCAGGGUGAGCGGACCAGUCCUGGGGCCAGCAGCCUACCUACCACUGACAGCCCCACCUCCUACCACAACGAGGAGGAUGAGGAGGAUGACGAGGCCUAUGAUACCAUGGUGGAGGAGCAGUACGGCCAGAUGUACAUUAAGGCCACAGGAAACUAUGCAGUACAAGAGAAGCCAGAGCCCGUGCCCCUGGAAAGUCGCUCCUGUGUCCUCAUCCGUCGCGACCUGGUAGCGCUGCCUGCCAGCCUCAUCAGCCAGAUCGGGUACCGCUGCCACCCGAAGCUCUACUCGGAGGGUGACCCUGGAGAGAAACUGGAGCUUGUAGCAGGCUCCGGGGUCUACAUCACACGUGGCCAGCUCAUGAACUGCCAUCUGUGUGCAGGGGUGAAGCACAAGGUCCUGCUGAGGAGGCUCCUGGCCACCUUCUUUGACAGGAACACACUGGCCAAUAGCUGUGGCACUGGCAUACGCUCGUCCACCAGUGACCCGAGCCGAAAGCCACUGGACAGCCGAGUCCUGAACGCUGUGAAACUGUACUGUCAGAACUUCGCCCCCAGCUUCAAGGAGAGCGAGAUGAACGUGAUUGCGGCAGACAUGUGUACCAAUGCUCGCCGUGUGCGCAAGCGCUGGCUGCCGAAGAUCAAGUCCAUGCUGCCCGAGGGUGUGGAGAUGUACCGCACCGUCAUGGGCGCCUCAGCCGCCAGCCUGCCCCUGGACCCCGAGUUCCCGCCGGCUGCUUCGCAGGUGUUUGAGCAGCGCAUCUAUGCUGAGCGACGAAGUGACGCCGCCACCAUCGUGGCUCUGAGAACUGAUGCUGUGAAUGUGGAUCUGAGCGCCUCAGCCAACCCUGCCUUCGAGGCUAGCGAGGAGGCGGAUGGGGCAGGCUCGGUUAUCCAGGAGGUGGCUGCCCCCGAGCCACUGCCUGCUGAUGGCCAGAGCCCCCCUCAGGCCUUUGAGCAGGGCAACACCAGCUCUAGCAGGCCUCAGACACCGGUGGCCGCAGCAACGAGAAGGCCAGAGGGCACCUAUGCAGGGACCUUGUAAGGGGCCAGCAAGGCCGACUCACAAGGGACCGAGUACUAAAGCUGCUUGCAUGCGUUACUAAUACAAACAAAUGUGAUCAAGCCACUUACCUACUGAACUGCUACUGCUGCCUGACAAAAAUGUGAUUUUUAUUCUGCCUGUAUUUAAAAUGGAUGAAGGAAACAAACACACUCAUUAUACUGUAAACAUUUAGGCCACUGGCCGUGCUCUGGGAGGAAGGUCCCAGGGCGACUUUUUGAUAUUCCUCAGCUCAGUCUCCCAUGGUAGUGCUCCCCUCCCCCUUCUUGGGGAGGUAGAGGAGGCCACCAGGUCCCUGAUGUCCGGCCCUGACCCUGCCUCAUCUACCCUUCCUAUUCCUCCUGCUCUGAAAGCGGAAACUGGGGUAGUAGUGGCCUGUGGGUGGAGGGGCAGACAUGACACUCCAUUUCUUACCCAUAAGGACCCCCAGUGGGGCAGUGCUGGGCCUCCAGAGGCCAGAUUUCUCUUGUUUUCCUUCCUCCCAAGAAGCCACCUGUGUGUGAGAGAGUGAGUCUGUGUGUGUUGUGUGUGUGUGUGUGUGUGUGUGUGAGAGAGAGAGAGAGAGAGAGAGAGAGUGUGUGUGUGUGUGUGUGUGUGUGUGUGUGUGUAUGCAUGCAUGCGCGCGCAUGCACAGAAACCAGUGAUGGCCCUGCAGCAGUGGCUGUGGCUGGUCACCUGGGAGUGGGGGAAGGACGAGGCGUUCUCUCCCCAUACCCAUGUCCUCACUGAGCUCCACCUAGACCCCCAGCGGCUGGCCUGCUGACCCCCCAGGGUCUCCAUGCCCCUGGCCAUGGCUGCCCUCACCACCCUCUGCCUCUCUAGCCACUCUGGGAUUUUGCUUGUUUGCUGUUUUUGUUUAGUUCAGAUCUAUUUUGUUUGUGGUUUGGAAACUUUCAGACCCAACAUAGCUAAAAAAAAAAAAAAAAAAAAAUCAGUGAGGGACUAAAGUCUCUAUCCCCAGCCUACCACAGAUUUGGGUGAAUACACAGCCAUGGACCUCCAUCUUGGCCUCCCACUGGAGGCAGAUCGGGCCCAGGAAAGAACAGCUAGUCGUGUACAAGUCAGGCCUAGCUAGCAGGACUCCGCUGCCCAGGGUGGGCUUAUUGCUCACUGUGGGUGCCUGUGUUGUUGGCAGGCAUAGGCCUGGGCUGGGGUAGUAGGCAGGUUGUGGAUGUCAUUGGGGACCAGAAAGUUGGAAAAUCCUGAGAGUGGUUCCUGAGGGAGGGGCUUUGAGGAGUAGCUAGUGUCUACUCCUAAGUGUGGGAUAUGCUCUUGAGGCCACGUACCCAAGUGUCUCUUUUUGGACUUGUGUCCAGGGACUGCCUGCUCACCCGCAAAGGCUAGCAGCUCCUGAAGUGCCCAUGACACCCACGAUUCCAAACCUGAAAGAAAGGUCUAGUGUUCCCAUCCCUCUAAACAUCUUGAAUUUGCUGCACUAUGACACCCCCCCCCCCGUAUGCCCACAGACUGGGUAGCCUCUCCCCAUCUGGAGGGCCAUGGUAGGAGAGCCUGAGGUCCAGUUUAGUCCUUCUGUGCCCCCCCCCCCUUAGUUUAUUAUUUUUGCUGGCGCUGCCCUGCCUUGGAGUGGCCUCCCAGGUAGCCCACGCACUAUGCUAACAAUAUAAGUACAUGUCUUCCCCCUCUUCUGAAAGACCUGUGGUUGGGGAAAGGGAAAGGGGUAUCAGGGAAGGCACUGUGGGAACUGCCCUGAGCCCCUCUCCCUGCUCCUGGGGUAAGUACGGAGGCUAGCUAGUAUCCAGCUCUGCAACUAGCCACCCGGAGAUGGAUCUCACCUCUCCCAUUCCCAUCUUAGUCCUAGGUAGCUUGCAGCCCCAGCCAGCCGUUUAGUGACUUGGACCAAACCCUCCUGGUGCUGGGAGAAGACCAUAGAACUGUGGAGGGUAUGGCAGGAUUGGGGGGUGGGGGGCUGUGCCCUUCGCCUCUGGAAUAUUCCUUUAUCUGCUUUCCCCACCCAAAUUUGCACUUUAAUUUGACCAUCCCUGGGGACCUUUGGGAGACAGACCCACCUGUUUUGGCUGGUGGCAGAAGGGCUCUCUCUCAUCCCUCCACUCCAAUAUGGGCAUGGUCCCCUCCCUGGGCCAGCAUGGGGAGGGUGCCGCUGGCCAUUGGAGGAGACGGUGGCCGCACAGAAUGCCUGACCACUGCUCGGGCUAGCACAAUGUCCUCAACCUCUGUCCUUUAGUGUUUAUAAUUGCCAUCUGUUUUGUUCUGGGUAAGGAAGGCAAGAACUAUAGGUAAAACUUCAAUAAUAUUAAUUAAAUGUGAAUGGAUUCUGAGCUCUCCCUGUGCCCCGGGUGGGCCAGGCAGAGCGUUUUGCACUAAUGUGUCCCAUGGUGGACAUGGUGGGGAGCGUUUGCAGACAUGCAUGGCCAAUGACUGUACCUGCUGGAGGGGCACUCCCUCUGCAUCCUGAAUGUACUGCAAGGCAGGCGGGUGGCAGGCCUGGGCUCCGAGGGGCCUUCCAGAGUGCCUUAGCAUCUUUUGAUUAUUUUUUUUUUCCAAGGAAAACCAAUUUUAAAAACCAGAUUCCCCCCCUCCUUUGUUUACAAGAUGACUAAUUCCAGAAUCGGGCCUGUCUUGUCCUGUCACGUGUCCCUGGCUUGUCCAGACCCUAUAGAUGAGAUCCUCUCAGUUAUUCGUCAGAUGUCUGCACCUCUGUUCCCAGCUUGACUACUAGCAAUAUGCAUAUACUAUGUAGAGUCUAUUGUAGAAACUAUUGCUACAUCAGCAUCUUUGCCAUGAGGACAGUUGGGACUGGAUUGUGUUGGAGCCGCUGGGGUGGGGCUUAAUCCAGCCACCACUCCUCUGCCCUCCCAGAGCAAACAGCCGUCCCUGAGGCAGCUGGGACAAGCAUAGCGGGGUCCAGGGCAAGGGACCAGAGACAGGGCUGAUACUGUGAGCUUGGAGGGGCUACCUGCCUGCCUGGCCGACUCAGUACUUGAAUUCUGUCUUGUUUUCUAUACCAGUUGCUUCAGCUAGCGUCUGAUUUGGUGUCUUACUUUGCCCUUGAAUGUGGAUGCAGCGGUGUGUGAAAGGCAAUCGAAAGGAGACCCUAAGGGUCCUGCAUGGUGUGACGGCAGGUCUGGGCCUCCAGGAAAACUAGCUGUGUGGCAUUUAUUCAGAUUAUUACCAAGAGGAAGGUGGAAGGAAGGGCCUGUAAGGGACUGGCAAGCUCGCAGGGCCUGUCCCCUCCAGGGGACUCUGGGGUGCCUGGUGCUACCUGGUUCAACAGCAGGAACCUCCUAAGCCCAGUGCUGCCCCUGUUCUGCCCCGCCUCACCCCAUUGUGCCCUGCUUGGGUUCCCCAAAGGUGAAGUGGGAAGGGCAGAUGGCCCACCAACCAGCUGAAAAUUUAAGAGAGCCUGUUAGGAUCUGCUUGCUGUGGAUCCCGAAUUGGAACGGAGAGCAUGUGACAUCUCAGCUUUAACCACUGCUUCGAAUGGUGCUGCUGUGUGGUUCUGCGUGAUGUCAGCCAGCCCGGCCUGUGCUGCUGCAAGAAGGGCUUGAUACAGUGUUUCAGAAAUGGCAAAGGUGUUUGCUUUUGUUUGUUUUGUUGUCCCAGAAAAGGAAAAGGAUGCAGGAUCGAAAGCAUUCUGACUGAGUAGCCUCUGCUUGCGUCCCAUCAGUCACCUCAUUGCAAGCGUUUUGCACACAAUUGUGAUUUUUAUGUCAAAAGAAGCCAAAAUUUGCAAUACUAUUUUUAGCAGACAAAAAGAGAAAGUAUAAAAUGUAUAAAUAUUUUUUACUUGAACGUUCUGGGUGCAAGGAGAACAUUCGUCCCUACGGUGGGAUGUUUGGAGAAAAGGGCCCAAGAGAGGGUUGUUUUGAAGGCACCGUCUAGGGGUUGAAGUAGUAUCAUAACUCAUGACUGUUAGAAAAUAAGUUAAUAAAAUCAGUUGCUCCCCUACCUCUCAGGAGGGCUUCACAGAACCACCGAGCUAGAGCAGAUGCCACAUCUUGGCUUUCUUUUGUUCAGGGGGGAGGAGGAGGCCUUUAUUUUGUCCCUCCAGCAUCCUCCUCCUCUCUCUCUUUCUGUGCUGUGACCCUGUAGCGACAAGACUGUUACUUUGUAGCCAUGGCUGACAACAUUGUAUCAAUAACUAAAACCACGGCAAUUGUGGGCAAGCUGACCAGGGAAAGCCGAGGGCUCCGAGCCUGCGCUCAGAGCUGUUUCAGAGAUGGAAGUCCAUGACAAACGGAUGUCAUCAUUAAUUGUAAAGCGCUUUGUAAAAUUCACAUUUACAGAAUAAUAAAGUCAAUUCA